CAGCGCCUGAGAAACCAGCGCCUGGCCUAAGAAAGCUUGAAUUUUUUCCGUUAGCUCCAGCUUCUCUCUACGAAAUCCGUACACUUCUUCUUCCCCAUUGCGUUUUUUGUUCGUUCUUGUUUUCUUCCUUGGAUUUUUGGGUGUUUGAGCUCGAACAUUAACUGUAAUACAUCUUCCUUCCCUUAGGGGUGUAUUAUCUUUAAUUUUUUAGCUCAAAACCUGAAGUCUUUGGAGGGCUGGAGCAACAUUUUUCGCACAAACACUAUUCAUACACGAAAAACUCUUUCUUAGAUCCCAAAGCCUCCUUUUGAGCUAAGAUGAUUCUGGAUAUGGGGUGAGAAUCGCCUCUCCUUGGCGCACCACAUACUCUAAUCUUAGAUUCAUCCCCCCUAUCCGUACAAUCAACUUUGUGACCGUUUGUACGGACAUUUACUCCAUUAGUACGGACAACAAGCUCAAAGAAGAAAAGAAGAAAACAAACUUGGUCUUUGAAGGACUCUUGGAGGCGUUUUGUGCUUACAACGUCCUUGGAUGCUCACCUUGACCUUGGAUAGCUUGGGACACACCUCCUAGCUAUGGUCAACACUCGGAAGCUUGCCAAGGCAGUGUCUCCCAUCGCUCCUAUGACCGGGAAAAACAAAUUGAAGUCAGUUAAGAAACUCCAAGCUCAACACAUGGAAGCUAAGAUGUUGGAUGAAAUGGAGAAGAACAUAUCCUCUACCGAAGGAGACGAGGAGGUUACCAGUGAGUUGAGGCCAGAAAAUACCAAAAACAAGGGGGCCAGCAACACUAAGCAACCACCUACCCAAGAUGUGGCAAAUGACAACACAAACAACAACAUAAAGGUAUUUUAGCGAAAAUGGCCUUCAAGGCAACACAUGGAAGAAAAGGCCAUGGCAAGGAAGGAAAAAGAGGAUCAAGGAUGAUGGGGGAACCAACUCAAUUGUUUAAUGAUGAUUACGGCAUGGAACAUAAGAGGCCUUAAUAAGGUCUCAAAACAAUCUCUUAUCUUUAAUUUUAUUCGUGCUCAUAAUGUACAUAUGUGUUGUUUGCUUGAAACUAAAAUGUCUACUUCUAAUUUUGAAAAACUUAAGGAAAAUAGAUGGCCACUAUGGUCUUCUAUUACAAAUUUUGAUACUAUAGAUGGUGGCCGCACGGCCCUUAUGUGGAAUACGAACUAUGUUGAAAUAGAUGUGCUUGAAAUUGACAAACAACAUAUUCAUUGCAAAUGUGUGUGUAAGACUACACAAUUGAAUUUUAUGGUUACUUUUGUUUAUGCCUUGUACUUGGUGGGGGUGAGGAGAACCCUUUGGGAUCACGUUACCAAUUUGGGAUCUACCAUAAGUAGUCCUUGGCUAGUUAUGGGGGAUUUCAAUUGUGUUUCUUCCCCUAGUGAAAGGAUUGGCCCCACACCACCCUCGGCUUAUUACUUACAAGACUUAGUUGACUUCAAGCUUAAUGCAAACCUUAUUGACACUCCUUCCACCAGUGAAUUUUUCACUUGGAAUAGGGGUUCACUUUGGGCUAAUUUGGAUAGAGUUUUAAUGAUAUCUUUUGGAAUACUAAUGGUAUCACUUGCAAAACACAUUUUCAUGAUAUGGAGGUGGAAUGUGACCAUGUUGCACCAUUGGUUACUUUCGGCCAUAACCCCCCCUUGGGGUCAAAACCCUUCAAAUUUUUCAACAUGUGGCUUAAACAUGAGUCUUUUCCCUCUAUACUUCAUGAGAAUUGGUUUAUGUAUGUAAUGGGCAAUGCUCAAUUUCGGUUAGUUACGAAACUCCAAGCUCUUAAGAAACCACUCAUGGAACUUAACAAGAAUACUUUUUCUCAUACUCCCUAAAACCUCACACUCCCCCACAGCUGCUGAUUUUAGACCAAUUGCAUGUACAAAUGUUCUUUAUAAGGUCAUUACUAAAGUCAUUGCUAAUAGAAUGAUUCCAUGUUUACCGGGGCUAAUUGAGCAUGCCCAGGGGGCUUUUGUAGAUGGGAGGCUUAUGAUGGAUAACAUUUUCCUUGCACAGGAAUUGGUAAAGGGGUACACUAGGAAGCAUUGCUCCCCCAGGUGUAUGAUUAAGGUGGACCUCAGGAAAGCCUAUGACACCAUUUCUUGGGACUUUCUUUAUAGUGUACUCCUUAUCAUUGGUUUUCCUUUACAAUUUGUUAAAUGGAUUAUGGAAUGUGUCUCUACCGCUUCCUUUUCUAUCUCCAUCAAUGGAACAUUACAUGGUUUUUUUAGAGGGAAGAGGGGAUUAAGACAAGGUGAUCCUAUGUCCCCACUCCUAUUUGUUUUAUGUUUGGAAUAUUUGUCAAGGUUGUUAAACUUGAGAACUACAUCUGAUUUUAACUUUAAUCCCAAGUGUGGUAGCUUAAAGAUUUCACAUCUUGCCUAUGCUGAUGACCUUAUGUUGUUUUGUAGAGGUGAUACAUAUUUUGUUAAAGUUUUGAUUGAUGCAUUGAAUGAGUUUGGGGAGGUAUCAGGGUUAAGAGUUAACUUUGACAAAUCUAAUAUUUUCUUGGGAGGUGUUAGAGACCAUGACCUUACGGCCAUACUUGACUUGGUGGACUUCAAAGUUGGAGCCUUCCCUGUCAAGUACCUCGGCAUUCCCCUCUCCCCCCUUAAACUAGCUAUAGCUGAAUAUGCCCCCCUUUUGGAAAAGAUCUCUGAUUAUCUCAGCUCAUGGAACACCAAGACAUUGUCAUAUGCUGGUAGAACUGAAUUGAUUAAAUCUGUUAUUCAGGGAGUACAUUCUUUUUGGUUACAGGUGUUUCCUAUACCCCAAGCCAUCCUUGAUAGAGUGGUCUCAAUUUGUCGUAUUUUCUUUUGGGGAUGCAAAUUUGCCAGAGUUGCUUGGGCAGAUAUGUGUCUCCCAAAGGAGGAGGGGGGCUUGGGUAUAAGACAUACUAAAACUUGGAAUAAGGCUUUACUCUCUAAGACCCUUUGGGAUAUUCACCUUAAACGAGACACACUUUGGGUGAAAUGGGUGCAUGGAGUCUAUCUUAAAGGUAGAUGUGUGUGGGAAUUUUCCCCACACACUAGGGACUCCCAGCUUACUAAGAAGCUAGGGCUGAUCCGAGACAUCCUUGUCUCAAAAUAUGACUCCAUUGAGACCACAAUAGCAGCCCUCUCUAAGAUGGUUACAAAUGGGAAACUGUGCUCUUCAAAUGUGUAUGACUUGAUUAGAGUUAAGGGCACUAAACAGGUGU